AUAUUAACCACAAUUGUUGUAUAAAGUACAAAAUUGCGAAGGGUAAUUCUUAGAUGGUUCGCACUUUCGCAGGUCAGUUCGCACUUUUUAUUAUAAGAUGUUCAAUAAUUUGCUAGUUAUCCUACGUGCAAACCGAACCCUUUUCCUGUUAUAAUGAUGGCUCAAAAAUCCCCGUGCCAGACAAUGUUUCGCCUAAGCUGAUCACAGCCAGGCUGCUGCAACGUCUGAAACCCACAGAACAACGCAUGAAAUGGGAAUCACCGACGAACGAAACACAGAGAAAGCCAUUACCGGAGCGAACAAGAGUCGCACGAUUUUAUUGUCCAUCAAUAUGCUGUAUUCAUUCAAUCGACUGAUGGUGUAUGCUGCUGUUGUUAAAACCGAACACUUAUUGUAUUAGCAUCCAGUUGGUACUCAAGAUAUGAUUCAGCAAGCUACCAGUUGUUUUUGUGGCACCUAACGGACAACGUCUCGUGAAGCCGCAAAGACGUCAUAUAAAAGUAAACCGUCAUGGAUGGUCUCGUAUCAGUUCUUCUAUCAUAGUGAUUAGCGCGCACCGCUUUUCGAUAAGCAUGGCGUUACUUAAAAAAGUGUUUAUUUGUCAGCUGAUAGCUAUUUCGGCAAUAUCGGGGCAAUCGUAUUUUGAAGAACGUGUUCCCGUGGGAUACUUUUCGCGCUCGAGCUUAAGUGACUGUCAUGAGCGGUUCCACAAUGGCCCCAAGAAUGACCAGUGUCUGAUAUUUGGAGGAACGCGCGCGAAUGUCACCGAGUUUCCACAUAUGGCCGUUAUCGGUUGGACAGAAAAUGGCACUCGUAUCGCGUGGAAGUGUGGAGGAUCGUUGAUAACGAAACGGUUCGUCGUAACGGCAGCGCACUGUGCAGUAGAUGAACAAAAUAAUGCUCCAAGUGUGGUGCGAUUUGGUGACGUGAAUUUGGUCUCCGAGGAAGACGAUGAGUAUGCGCAACAGGUUAAAAUUCUUCGAUUUAUCAGACAUCCGCAGCAUCGCUUCAGCAGCAAGUAUAAUGAUAUUGCGUUGAUCGAGCUAGAGAAGAAGAUCGUUACAACCACGGGAGUUUGUCCAGCUUGUGUUUGGUACGAUUCUCAGUUGCCGUAUAAUAAUUUCGAUGUCGCAGGUUUUGGAGCCACCGGAUAUGCGGAACAAGGUAGCCCGCAUCUAUUGAAAGCACAUUUGAGAGAGGAAAUUAGAGCAAACUGCGCCGAACAUUUUGAGGCAACUCGCGGUCUACCAAAUGGAAUUACAGAACAGCAAAUGUGUGCCUCUAACAUCGGUAUGGAUACGUGUCAGGGAGACUCCGGAGGUCCACUACAAAUAACUCUUCGCACCUAUAAUCAGCACAUUCCAAUACUUGUUGGUGUGACUUCAUUCGGCAGGAGCUGCGGGUUUGGAUCGUUUGGUGUGUACCAGAAAAUCCAACCCCACAUUCGGUGGAUAGAGUCGAUUGUUGGAGAAUCGUUAGACCCACUGGAAUGCGUGAGAAAGUACGAACGCUAUAGAGUCGGUUAUCAACUGGAACCAGAAUGUAAGAUUGCCAGCCCGCCAGUAAAUCGAGUUGAGCUUCUUUGGGAGCAUAGACAACAAGGCCUGCAGUGUGCUGGAACACUGAUCGAUUACAAUACUGUUAUCACAACAGCUAACUGUACCGUGAAUCCGGCAGGAAAUGAACCUAAGUACAUCUCAAUUCUAGGAGAAAUAGUCACCAUCAGCAAAAUUGAACGUCAUCCAAAUUAUACGAAGGUAGUUGCGAAGGACAAUGUUGCUCUUAUAAGGCUGGAAUCAUACCUAAAGCCAAAUAACGAUAUCGCUCCAGCUUGUGUCACUUCCGGUUCAUACGAUUAUGGAUUAAGCUCUUUGAAAAUAUUACGUAACGUUUCCGUCAACGUCAAGGAACAACUAUUUGUCCCAGUCCGUCACAAGUGUGACGGUGAAAUGCUUUCGAAUGCAAACAUCUCAGGCGUCAUACACGGCAAUGUUGACUGCUGGAACACAGAUUACCGCCUACUUCCGGAACUUUGUGAGAUCGACGAAGGUGGACCAUUGCUUAACCGUGGUCACUCCAGUCUGCAAGGUAUCAACGUUGUACCGGGUGAGUGUGGAACUCCCAGUUCCAUGAUAGUGCUCAAGCUAGAUUCCUACAUGGCGUGGAUAGAAUCGUUUGUGCUUGACCGAUCCGUUACUCCUGAACCAUCCCUUACGUUUCCAGUGGAUGACACUUCUUCGCUAUUUUUCAAACCAUGUCGCACACGAGAAGGUGUGGAUGGGUCUUGUCUUGAUCAUUGGGGUUGUGCUGCGGAAGUUGAAAGACAAAAACGGAACGGGACAGGUGUGACUAUGUGUGGGUUUGAGGGAGAUAUGGGGUUUAUUUGUUGUCCUAAAGACAGCAUAGGAAAAGUACCGUUGGUAAUAGCUCGCCCUCCGCUAAUACCUUUAAUUGAACCUCUCAUUGAACUGCAAACAAUAAAGCCGUAAAGUAGUUAUUAGGAUUAUAAUUUAAAAAUGAUAUUAAAGCUCGAUCUGAUGUGUUGUUUACUAUUUAUUUUAAAGAGAGUAAUGUCUGAUGUAUAGGUAAAUAAAUCAAAUGUGACAAACUGUCUAAAAUUGAA